AUGGAUACAGCCGGAAUUGUUGAAUUUGAUGGAUAUGUGAUUCAUGGGAGUGAAAAUUCUACAGAUCGUGAUGUAUUGUAUUAUUUACUAGAUCCAAAACCAUUUCCUUCAUUUCAACAGUGUUCUGAAUUUUGUAGAACUGUAAAGAUUGCUGCUGAUGAUAAUGAAAAGUCAAAAUCAGUAAAUUCAUCUUUUCGGAAUGGUGGUGAUGAUGACCCUCACGGACGGAAGGCAGUGGAAAAUUCAUCUUGUGUGGAAGAAAAUAGAAAUAUAUGUCUCAUCAAAGAUGGAUAUAUUGUGCAAAUUUAUAAAGGAAAUGAGGAUGAGACCAACAAUGCUCUUCUUAGAACUUAUCCUUUGCAUUUGAAAGAGCAACGAUUUGAAAAUCCUGUUAAGCAUUCAAUGGAACGAGUGUGUAUUUUGAAAAUUGUUAGAUCAUGUAGAGCAUUGUUAACAUGGUUUACUAAACACAAACAGCAUCGAUUGACAAUUAAGAAUUCGUUACGAUCCUGUGAUUUUAACGAAUACUUGAAAACUUUGAAAAAUGUGGUUGAUAUUUCCGAUCCAGAAUUUUUCAAAUUAAUCAGCAACAAAGAUUCAAUUAAGAGUUUGGCCUUUCAACUUGGUCAAACGAUUGCACUGAUUCGUGGAAUCGAAAUUUACACCAAGAAUGAAAUUUCAGAAAUGUUUCCUGACCUUGCAGACAUGUUAAUGAGAAGAGAAUUCACUGAAAAAACAUUUGAUAUUCUUAACAAGCACAAGAAUGAGCUACUUUCUCAUUUAACUUGUGUUAAAAGUUUCAAGAUUGCAAACAGUUCGUGGAAUAUUUUCUUCUGUGACACAAAUGAACCGUCAUUUAAUGAUGAACUUUUAUUAUGUCAGCAGCUGAAUGGAAUUGUGAUUGACAUGAAAGUUGGAGUUGAAUUUUGUAUAUAUUUUCCUUUCUGUUCCAGAAGCCUCCUUAUGAAUGCUGGAUCCAGUUGUUCGAUGUUCGCUUUCUCUCAUUCCUUAUUUACAAAUGAGCACUCUAACAGUGAGCAGAUCUAUUGUUGGAUGUGUAAAGAUUAUAUGAACAACAACUUUGAGAAUCACUUCGACGAAUUUUUAACCACACAUAGCCUUGCAAAAGAGGACCUACUUGAAACUAUAAGGAAAGAAAUCGUCAAGAACAAGCAAUAUGAUUUAGUAUUUGACAUUUCGUCUGGUGUUCGUGUGAUCGGGCAGAGACAAAAAUUGAGCCACAAAAUAGCAAUCGAUUAA